GGCAGUUCAAGCUGUUCUAUGUCUGAUGGAAGGCCUAUGAUGACAAGAGCCGGGAUGGAGUGUCUGAUCUGAAGCGGAACUCAAUGAACAUUCGGCAUCUUCCGUAGACGUCACACAUACGAGCCGCUGCCCGUUUGACCGUCAUGAGGUGACUCUCUCUAGUACCUAGACUCCUGCCAACGAUCAUCAGUGACCAGAAACAAGUAAUAACCACUGACUUUGCAUUUGUGUUUUUACCCUCGUUAACCGGCAAUCCUUACGCAAGUCCGCGGGGGCCGGGAAUUGACGCGGCAUGUCGUUAUUUCACUCGCUCUUGAUUGGCUCUUGCGACACACUUUGCUAAUCACUUUCUCCACGGGUUGUUUUGGUCCAGCAUAAAUAACGCGUGUCCACAUCCCAGCAAAGAAAGUGGUUUCGCAACUCUACCUCCGUGUUCUUGGCAUCAUCACUCAAAGGCUGAGUUGAAAAUCAGAAGCUAUGCAUGUGCUCAUCCUGGGUGCUACCGGUCCUUCUGGUGUUCUGUUUAUCCGAGAAGCACUGGCGCACUCACAUGCAGUGACCAUCUACGCUCGUUCACCCCACAAGCUGCCGGAAGAUCUUGCCAUCAACGCCCACGUUACAGUCCAUAAAGGCGAGCUUGACGAGGAAGCUGCACUAUCGGAUGCUAUGGACGGCGUAGACGCCGUGCUCAGCGCGCUGGGGCCUAACGCCUCGUUCACGACCUCCUAUCCUACUGACCGGCCCUUCGGACGCGCUUACUCGCUCAUUCUACGCGUGAUGAAGGAGAAGAACGUCCACAGGCUCAUCGCACUCGGCACACCGAGCAUCACAGACGAGGAAGAUCGCGCGAGCCUGCGGUUCGCGCUAGCGACGCGUCUCCUCCGGUAUGUUCUCAAUGCCGUGUACGAGGACGUUCGAGCUAUCGGAAGGACUCUCCGCACCGAGGGCACAGCGUUGGAUAUUCAGUGGACGAUCGCACGCGUUCCGAUGCUCACGAAUGCGACGGAGACGCGGUGGCAUGCUGGAUAUGUCGGAGAUGGGAAGAGCGCGUUCACUCUCAGCCGAGCGGCGUUCGCAGCUUUUGUGAUUCAUGAGCUGGAGCAUAACGAGUGGGUGGGCAAGGCGCCUGCGAUCACUGAUGGUUAGAUCGGCGGACAGUUUCUUCUCCCGUGUAGAUGUCAUGUACAGUGCGCCACAAGGAAGAGACGGGAGUUUAUCACUUCACCAUGAACAGUCAGAGUAGUUUUCAAUGCGUGUAAACAAAGGGUAUAUAAC